AUGGUUCAAGAUGGCCUUUCUGAGAUUAAGAAUGUGAUUAGUGAUGUUCAUGAAAGUGUCAGUUUUAUUAAUCAAAAUGAGGCAAGACUUAACUCAUUUUCUGAUAUAGUACAGCAGUUACAGUUACCUGAUAGGAAACUCAUUCUCGAUUGUAAAACACGUUGGAAUUCGACAUUCGAGAUGUUGUCGAUUGCAAUCAAAUUCAAAGAAGUGUUUUCGAGACUCAAAGAGCGAGAAUCUCAUUAUGAAUGUUGUCCAAGUCAUGAAGAUUGGGAAAAGGUGGAAAAAGUUUGUGAGAUUUUAGAAGUUUUUAAUUCAGCCACUAAAAUCAUCUCUGGAAGUGAUUAUCCAACUUCAAACCUGUUUCUGAAUGAAGUUUAUCAUGUGAAAGUGUUGUUGGAUAAAAGGAUGAAUGAUGAAAAUGAAUUUGUUCAAGCAAUGGUUCGUAAGAUGAAGAGUAAAUUUGAUAAGUAUUGGGGAGAAUGUAAUUUGUUGAUGUCUAUAGCAGCAAUCUUGGAUCCAAGGUGCAAAAUGAGGGUGAUUGAGUUUUGCUUUCCUCGAAUGUACCCUGAUAGAGAAGCAAAAGAAAAUAUUGCUAAAGUUCGAGAUGCCCUUUAUGAGAUUUAUGAUGAAUAUGCUCGUGAGUAUCAAUUUGGCAAUGAGCAUAGUGCUGAAACUCAAGUGCAUGAUAAUGGUAUUAGUGGUAUGAAUAUAAAAGCUUCUUCUUCUGGUUGGUUUGAAUUUGCAAAUUAUGUAAAAUCAGUUGAAACUGCUCAACCACAACAAUCUGAUUUAGAUGUCUACCUAGCUGAGGGCUGUUUUAUCUGUGAAGGAGAUUCCACUAAGUUUCAUGCUUUGGAAUGGUGGAAAGCGAGCACUUUGAAGUAUCGUAUUUUAUCCAAGAUGGCUCGGAAUAUACUUGCUAUUCUUAUCACUACAGUGGCUUCAGAAGCUACCUUUAGUGCAGGAGGUAGAGUUAUUGAUACUUAUCGUGCUUCUUUAUCUCCUGACACAGUGCAAGCAUUACUUUGUGGAGGAGAUUGGUGUCGGAAUCUUCAUGGAGUGAAGAAGAAGAACAAAAAAGAGAAGAAAUCAAUUGAGAUUGCACUCAAAAUCCCCUAA